UUGUUAAAGACAUGCAUGGUCCUCCAAUAAAUCUCUAAAAGAUUAAAACUGGAAGUAAGCUACAGUAUACUUCAUUUGGGUGCCAAGCCAUGGCUGCAGAAGUAAAGAAAAACAAAGAAAAAAGUCACCACUUUGUACUGGUACAUGGAGGAGGAACAGGGGCCUGGUGCUGGUAUAAACUAAAUCAUCUUCUUGUGAAAGAAGGUCACACAGUCUCCUCCAUUGACAUGGCCAGUGCAGGUAUCCACCCUGCUGAUCCAGACACCAUAACAACACUGGAGGACUACAAUCUCCCCCUUACAAGCUUUUUUGAGGCUCUUCCUUCAGAGAGAAAGGUUAUAUUGGUUGGUCAUAGCUCUGGUGGCUUCAAUGUUAGCUUGACUAUGGAGAAGUUUCCCCAAAAAAUUGCUACUGCUGUAUUUGUCACUGCAUUCAUGCCAUUGAGUGGGACAACUUUGUCUGACAGCAUGAAUGAGGUUUUGUCCAAAAUUGGAAGAUUGGGAGACACCAUUUUUUACCAUGCAAAAGGUGAAGAAAAUCCUGCAACAUCUUUCAAGUUUGGCAGCCAGUUUUCACAAGAGUUUGCGUUACAGAAGAGUCCCCCAUGGGAUGUGGCAUUGAUCAGUUCUCUGGUUAAAAAAGCUCCUAUAUGGAAGGAAGCUCUUUUAUAUUCAAAGGAAAACUAUGGAAGUGUUCCAAGAGCAUACGUUGUGGCGAAGGAAGAUAAGCUCAUGGUGGAGGAGUUUCAGAGAAAAAUGAUUGCAGAGAACCCUCCUCAUAUGAUAAGAGAAAUAGAAGGAUCUGAUCACUGUCCAUUCUUCUGCAAGCCUGAAUGUCUUGCUCAGACCCUCAUCCAAAUUGCUAAUGCUUAACAAUAAGUUAUUGUUUUUUUUGUUUUAAAGUCUUAAUUGAAUUGAGGAAGGGAACAGUUACAUUCUGAUUUAAACAUCACAUUCUAAGUUUUAUGUCUUUGCAA